CGCCCCAAGUGGCGUGACGUCACAGUCUUUUGUUUACUCGCCCGGUGUCGCUUGCUAGCAGUUUCCAGUCUUCCUCCUUAUCGACGGGCGUGGACUUUUUUUUUUGCAAAUUCAGAACGUGUGAUGCGAAUAACGUUUCAAUAUUAAACGGGUAAAUAUGUCGGCUAACGGACCCGUGGGAGUUGACUGCACGGACGCGAGAAGAGGCGACGGACAAGCAUCUGAGAGUUCCGCGGAUGUGGAUGCCCGUAAAGCUCAGGCACACAGCCACAGAUACAGCCUCGCGUUCCCCUCCAUUGGACAUUGUAUCAUCAUCAACAACAAGAACUUUGACAGGAGCACAGGUAUGAAUCAACGCAACGGCACCGACGUGGACGCAGCCAACGCCAUGAAAGCGUUUGCCAAGUUGGGUUACAAGUGCAAAAUCUACAAUGACCAGACAGUGACGCAAAUGAAACAGGUGUUAACUGCAGCGUCCAAGGACGAUCACAGCGGCUGCGCAUCAUUGGUGUGCGUGUUGCUGAGUCACGGCGACGAAGGCGUCUUCUUCGGCACCGACGGCUCCAUUGAGCUAAAAUACCUCACCUCGCUUUUCCGCGGGGAUCGCUGCAAGACGCUGGUGGGCAAGCCCAAACUCUUCUUCAUACAGGCGUGCAGGGGCACCGAGCUGGACGCCGGCAUCGAAGCGGACAGCGCCGAUGACGGCACCGCCAGGAUCCCCGUCGAGGCGGACUUCCUCUACGCCUACUCCACUGCGCCAGGCUACUACUCGUGGAGGAAUACCACGACAGGCUCGUGGUUCAUCCAAUCGCUGUGCGAGAUGCUGACCGAGCACGGCCGCUCGCUGGAGCUCCUGCACGUCCUGACCCGUGUCAACCGCAAGGUGGCGCUGGAGUUCGAGUCCAUCUCCACCGCGCCGGGCUUUGACGCCAAGAAGCAGAUCCCGUGCAUCGUGUCCAUGCUGACCAAGGAGCUGUACUUUGCGCCCUGACCCACAAUUUCCAAUUCUUUUGGGUUUACACGUAUUUCACCGGAGUUUGUAGGCAUUAUUUGGUCAUAUUUGUCUUCAGCAUUUCAUGAGAAACGGUCACAUUUGUUUGCUGUUUACACAAUUCAGGUAGACGUGAAGCCACUAGUGAGACAUAAGCUGGGAAAAUGGAAAUAUAAACUUGAAAUGAAUGUUAAACAAGAGUGUGCAUGAGAGUCCAAAAAGUCCUGAAUUUGAAAUGUUUUCAGUAAAUAUGAUACAAAUGUUACGAUUGACUUCAUUCCAGUUUUUUUUGUACUGGAUUUGGAUUGACAAUCUUGUGACACAAUUUGGUGCGUUUGUUUUUUUUAUUGUGACGCAAGAGUUACGUGUUGAUGUCAAAAUAAAACUCACUUUGAGAAA